AUGGCAGAUAUUUAUCGUCGUCAGGCCCGCAAUCUAGCCUGGUACGACGAAGACGGCGAGCCGUCCUCUCACAAUCCAUUCAAGAAGUUUCGCACACGCCCACGGCGCACUCGCUCCAUCGACGUGGAACUUCAACAAAACAACCACACCUCUCGCAGCCUGGGGGAUCUUUCUCACGACACAGAUCGCCGUCGUGAUUUCACGCGCGACGUUGGUGGCCCCGAGCACGCGGGCACUUUCCCUCCCGAAUCUGCGGGCAGCGAUCAGUACAUCAACGGUCUGGAGCCAUCAACGUUAAGCCAGGAGCCGAUCAACGUGUCGAGCGGUAAUGAAGAAUCUGAGCAGCCGCGUAAGCGAGGUUUCAUCAAGUUUGGGCGUCCUGAGACGCCGUCGGAGCCCGAUGACGAGAAGGGUGAGGCGCCCAAGUUCACCGUUGCGUCGCAAUUACGCGCGACGAUUUUGAACUCGUGGAUCAAUGUCUUGAUCUUGGCAGCGCCGGCCGGUAUUGCGCUACAUGUCGUGAAAGCGAACCCGAUUGCGAUCUUCGUCGUCAACUUCAUUGCGAUUAUUCCGCUCGCUGCGAUGCUGAGUUAUGCGACUGAGGAAAUUGCUCUGCGAACUGGUGAAACGAUUGGAGGAUUAUUGAAUGCCUCCUUUGGAAACGCGGUCGAGUUGAUUGUCGCUAUUAUCGCGCUGGUCAAAAAGGAGGUUCUAAUCGUGCAGACUUCGCUGAUUGGAAGUAUGCUUUCAAACCUGCUGCUCGUCAUGGGCAUGUGUUUCUUCUUUGGUGGUAUCGAUCGCGUGGAGCAGCAUUUCAACGUCACUGUCGCGCAGACCGCAGCCAGUUUGCUCGCGCUUGCUGUGGGCAGUUUGAUCAUUCCCACUGCUUUCCACAAAUGGUCUGACGCUACCAACGUGGACAACACAGCCCCUCUCUCUCGGGGAACCAGUGUCCUUCUCUUAAUCACCUACGGCUGCUAUCUUUUCUUUCAACUGAAAUCCCAUGUCGACAUGUACAACCGGCCAAGUCCGAAAGUCGAGAAACGCCACCAAAGGAUUGGCGAAGGAGACGCCAAUCGCGGAAUUGCCCAGAUCGCCAAAAUGUCGGCUGCAUCCAUGGGCGGCGAGAAUGCGCAACAGGUCCAAAUGCAAGAUCCAGAUGACGAGCCUGAGGAGCCUCAGCUGACAAUUGCGGUUGCACUGAUCACGCUGGGUAUUGCGACUACGCUUGUGGCUGUUUGUGCUGAGUUCAUGGUUGAUUCCAUCGAUGCACUUACGGCAACUGGUAACAUUGGCCAGACUUUCGUCGGUCUGAUCCUUCUCCCUAUUGUCGGCAAUGCCGCUGAGCACGCCACCGCGGUGACUGUUGCCUGCAAGGACAAAAUGGACCUCGCGAUCGGUGUCGCCGUAGGCUCGAGUAUGCAGAUUGCGCUUUUGGUUCUACCUUUGAUUGUUGUUAUUGGUUGGAUCAUGGGUGUUGAGGACAUGACUCUCAACUUCGACGCAUUCCAAAUCAUCGUUCUCUUUGUCGCUGUUUUACUCGUCAACUAUCUUAUUGCUGACGGCAAAUCUCACUGGCUUGAGGGUGUCUUGCUUAUGAUGAUGUAUCUGAUUAUUGCUAUGGCUGCUUGGUUCAUCGACUGA